AUGGAGAUUUUAAGUACGUGGACGGCAUCAAACAGUGACAUCAUUCGGCGGCUGGGUUUUAACAGACGGCCGAAGGCCAAACCAGUCUCUGAACCACAGAGUGGGAUUGAUCCUUCCGGCAAGGCCUUCUCUGGGUCACUAUCAUCUGUAAACAGAAAUGAAACUAGGAAUUUCUCUACGGCCUCCUCCACCUCCUCUUUUUCUGUUAACAGAAGAAAACCCCCACUUCCUCCAUCCCAUUCCUCAUCUAAAUCCAUUUCUGAAACUUCUGAGCAUUUUGAUGCCUCACAUUUUCGCAAGAAAAGCUCAGAUGGAAAGCCUCCCAUAGUGACAUGGCAACCCACUACUCUUAAACCAAAUCCUUUAGAGGAAAAGACCUUGGUUGAGACACAAAAACAUUUAGACCAAGAGAAGAGUGCUUUUCAGACAAUUACAUCAGAGAUAUACCCACGGCGUAGGCUAGCUAGUUUUGCUGGCCGAGGCUCAAAUGGUGGUCCUUCACCUCAUACCAGCUGGGAUGUUCUGAACCACACUCAGUCCCAGGAACACCACAAAGGGUCUAAGCUAACAGAUCUUGAUCAGAUUUUCUCAAGGAGCAGCCCCAAGAGUUGUGGCAGGGUCACUCCAGUAACUACUGUUAGUCCACUGGACCUUCAAUUGGUUAGGGACCAAAUGGUAGUGGCGCUGGAAAGGCUGAAAAAUAUGGAGGAAGAGGUAAAGAUCAUACCUGUGCUGCAAGUCAAGAUCUCUGACUUGGAAGAAGAAAAGAAACAGCUUAUUGCAUUGGUAAAAAAACUAGAGAGUCAAAUUUUAGAUUGUAAUUUUGAUACAGAUUUGCAAGGUCUAUCCAGGGAAGUCGCAUACAGCACAGGAAGUACUGUAAAGUGUCCCAAACAACAAAAAGAUAAUGAGGGCCAGAGGGAGUCUGUCAAAAGGGUAGGUAGUUCUGAACUUAAUGCCUUGUCUGAUAUAAACCAGUUUAAGCAGCUAAAUGCUAAGAAGGAGUUAAAUGUCAAUGACAGUGAGAAUAUAGCUGUUCUUGACUUUGUUCAUACAAAAAGUGUGAUGUCAAACACAGAGCUGGAGCUUGAGAUAAAACAACAAACUAUUCAGGUUUUAAGGGACAAGAUUAAAACACUGGAGUUAGAGCUUAAAGAGGCAUUGAUUAAAGCAGAAUUGUGCAGACUGAAGAGUGAAUUACAGGAUUCUGGUGCCCAUAUCCAUGCAGCAAAGAAUCAUUGUGCACAACCAAAGAUGCAGAGCAUUGCAACUCAGACAGGAUGGAUGACAAGGACAAUUGCCAUUGGAAAUCAUGUUCAACUUGUAAAUACUGCUGUAGGGGAAGAGGCAGUGCCAACUUUUAACACUGUAGGAGUGAUUUGCCAGCCAAAGACAAGCGAUGCAGCCUCUGGCCUGGAUACACCCAUUGAAAUGUGGGUGAUACAGAAGAAGGUGGAAAAGAGGGAUCAAUGUGUGGGAACACAAUAUGUGCAAACUUUCAGUCAAGGUGUUGGGACAUCUGUGAGUGUUUGUGAUGUUGGUAUUUUGACCUUAAAGUUGAUGGAGACCCAAGAACAAAAGAAGACACCAAGUAGAACAGUGGGCUGUGGUGAUUGCACUGUAGAUGGGAACAUGGUAACGUCACUUGUUUCCCAGGGUAUUGCCAUGGAAACUGUCAGAGAUAUGGACAUUGGUGAAAUAAUGACUCUAACAAACAUAUCCCAAUGCACCAACACUGAUGUCCAUAAAGGCUCUCAAGAUACUAGCACUUUCCCAAUCUAUGACUCUAAAUCCAGCAUCAUGCCAACAAACAUGCAGGAGAGACAUACCAACACUGUCCACAUACUCACCCGAACGCUUGGAGUUGGUGAUGGGAAAGUUAGUGACCAACAAGUGGCGAGAAAAAUGCGCUCCAUUGCUGUGGGGACUCCAACAUACCUGAGAGAAGGAACAGUCACUCCUGUCAUCCCAAAAGUCAUGACUCGUGACACUGGUGUUGGAUUGGCAAACAUUAAUGAGAAUUUUUUGGUUGGUCUCCGGACACGGAACAUAGCAUGUGGUCCAUCACGCUUACCAGAUCCUUACAAGACUCGGAGUAUUGGGGUUGAGGCAGGUGAUGGGAGGAUAAGGGAUAUGGAUGGGCACAUGUGGAUGCCUGUACAUUUACUGCAGCCACAUUUAUAUGCACAGACAGAGCCUGGACUGGAUCAUUACAUAAAUCAAAUGCAGAGAAUACUAAAAGAGCAACAAAGUCUGCUAACUAGCAGCCAUUUUAAACCAACAGAUGAGGCUGGUCUUCAACUUCAGGACAACCAAGACACAAAGAUUGGAGAUGAUAAUGGCAUAAUCAGAUCCAUUAUCAAAAGAAAUGACAUGUCUCAGGGAUGUGCAGAAAACAGAAAGACCCUCAAGUCCCUUUCUCCUGGGUUUGAGUGUCUGUCCAUUACUCAAGAUUCCUUCUCUGAAAUGACUGAUUCUGUGGAGGAGAAGAGAAAGAGAGUAAAACAGAUGGACAAUAGUCCCAGGAUCACUACUCAAUCCUCUAAAAUGGAGAGAAUAGAAGGAUAUGAGAUGAGUGACAAGGUGAUUUCUGCUUGUCACAAAUUAAAAACCCACCUAGAUGACACCAAGGUUUUAUCCAACAGAGAACUGCGUUCCUGCCUGAAUGUGAUCCAGCAAGACUGGUUCUGUGUAUCCAGUCAGAAGAAGGCAUGUCCCGAGACAGUUGAGAGUUUUCAAAACAUGUGUCGUCAUGUAUCUCCUGCUGUUCUGUCUUACGUGGCUAACAUGGCUGACCGGAAUGGCAACACAGCCCUGCACUACAGUGUGUCCCAUUCUAAUUUCAGGGUGGUACAGAAACUGCUGGAUGCAGGUGUAUGUAAUGCAAAUCAGCAGAAUAAGGCUGGAUACACCCCUAUCAUGUUGGCUGCUUUGGCUUCUGUGGAAAACAAGGAGGACAUGAAUGUGGUGGGGGCGCUCUUUAGGAAGGGAGACGUAAAUUCUAAGGCCAUUCAGGCUGGUCAGACUGCUCUCAUGCUGGCAGUCAGUCAUGGACGUAUUGACAUGGUGAAAGUUCUCUUAGCUUCGGGGUCAAAAGUUAAUAUUCAAGAUGACGAGGGCUCAACCGCACUUAUGUGUGCCAGUGAGCACGGCAAUGUUGAUAUUGUCCGCCUCCUAUUGGCUCAGCCAGGCUGUGAUGCUUCUCUGACUGACAAUGAUGACAGCACUGCAAUGUCCAUAGCCCUGGAUGCAGGCCACAAUGACAUUGCCAUGCUCUUGUAUGCUCAUAUAAACUAUGGAAUGGGCCAGCCAUUGGCAAUUUCUCAAAGCUGGAAACAACUACUCCAAAUGCAGACCUUUUUGAUUGAUUUGUCACACUUAUUUCCCAGUGCUGCAUGGGUGGUCCUUAUAAGUCAUCACAGGCCACUGCUAUAAAUCUGAAUGGCAAGUGUUGAAAAAACAAAUAGAUUUGUUGUAAUGGAAGACCUGGAUGAUAGUAUUUACACUUAAUCUUAUCUGAUAAUAAUCAGCACUGUACGUAUUUGAUUGCUGCAUCAUAUUGUAUUUAUAGUCAUUAUUAAAAAAAACCCAUAGAUCACAUCUAUUUCCUAAUCUGCAUGAGCAUAUAAAAGAAAGUCUCAAAUCUACAUUGUAUUAUUACUUUUUUCUUACAUUCAUUUGAAUCUCUGUCCUAAUGGGAAAUGUCACUGCACCAUUUCUCUUGUACCAGCAUAUACACAGUCAAUUAUAUAUUGCUGUGCACUUUUAAAAACAAUUCUGUAUUAAAUUUGAUUAAAAUUGCAGAUAUUAAACAUCAGGCAGAGCCAAAUAGAAGCCUAAUGACUCUUCAUUAGGAUAGCCAGUAAACACUGCAUUUACUAUAUUUAUAUACUUUUCAAAUAUCAAUCAAAUAUCUUGGUAGAUUUCUUAAGUAGCAGCACAAGCUAUGCAAUGUGAAAUGUGGUGACAAAAUAAGUUUAUAUUUCUAUUUUAUGUUAAAGCAGGUGUUAUGCACAGUAUGAUACAUAUAGGUCUAAAUUGUUAUUUAUAGCAUGCUAUUAAUAAAGGUCAUUUAAAUUUGAA